AUGUUUUUGGAUGUUUCAUGGAAGCUAUUAACUUUACUACUGCUACUAACUGUAGUCAGGGCUUACAAGAACCCUUACUACGCUCCUCGCAGAUCUGUUAACGUCCAUUUAUUUGAAUGGAAAUGGACCGACAUAGCAAACGAAUGCGAGAGAUUCUUGGGGCCGAAGGGCUACGGCGGUAUACAGAUAUCACCUCCAAAUGAGAAUGUGGUGUUAUGGACAUACAAUCGGCCGUGGUGGGAGAGAUACCAGCCUAUUUCCUAUGCACUGGUGACACGUUCAGGCGAUGAGCGACAGUUCGCUGACAUGGUCCGUCGCUGCAAUGCCGCUGGUGUCAGGAUUUACGUGGACGCAGUAAUUAAUCACAUGACAGGUGAACCUCCAGAGAAUUACGGUACUGCGGGCAACACAGCUUCAUACCGAGACUUUUACUACCCCGCAGUGCCCUACAGGAGAGAGCACUUCAACUGGCCGAAUUGUGGUAUAGAUGGCAUGGAUUAUGUGAAUAAUGCGUGGAGAGUCCGUAACUGUGAACUUGUCGGAUUAAAAGAUUUAAAUCAGGCUGACGAGCAUGUUAGAAACAGAAUUGUUGACUUCAUGAACAGACUUAUAGAUCACGGUGUAGCUGGCUUUAGGAUUGAUGCAGCAAAACACAUGUGGCCUCAAGAUUUAAGAAUCAUUUACGACCGUUUGAAGAAUCUGAACACUGCACACGGGUUCCCAGCAAAUGCACGUCCUUACAUCUACCAAGAAGUUAUCGAUUAUGGUGGCGAAGCUAUCAGCAGAGACGAGUACACUCCAUUAGGAGCUGUCACAGAGUUCUUAGCGGGAAGGGAACUUAGUAACGCGUUCAGAAGAAACAAUCAGCUUCGGUGGCUUUCGACUUGGGGUCCACAGUGGGGUCUUUUAUCGCACAGCGAUUCUCUCACCUUUAUUGAUAAUCACGACAACGAAAGAGGUCACGGAGGCGGUGGUGGAAUCUUGACGUAUAAAGAACCUCGCCCGUAUAAAGGAGCAAUUGCCUUCUUAUUAGCGCAUCCGUACGGUGAGCCCCAAAUUAUGAGCAGCUUUGAUUUCUGGGACUCGGAAGUUGGACCACCGAUGGACCGAAACGGGAAUAUUAUUUCUCCCGCGAUUAAUUCGGAUGGUACGUGCGGCAAUGGGUGGGUGUGUCAACACCGCUGGAGGCAGAUCUACGCGAUGGUCGGGUUCAGGAACGCAGCAGCCUCCGCCGGCCUCACUAACUGGUGGGACAACGGCAGCAAUCAGAUUGCCUUCUGCCGCGGUGCAAACGCAUUUAUUGCUUUCAACAAUGACCUUUGGGAUCUUAAUCAAAAUUUACAGACUUGCCUUCCCGCUGGCAGAUACUGUGACGUGAUAUCUGGGGAUAAGGUGAACAAUUCUUGUCGCGGUAAGGUGGUGACAGUUAGCAGCAAUGGCUUAGCGCAGAUCUUCGUUGGCGCGAAUGAUUAUGACAUGAUGUUGGCCAUACACGUUGGUCCUGAGAGCCGAUUGUGAUUUUUCAUACAAUUC